AUGGCCGAACACCGAUUUGACCCCAAUUUCACCGACAAUGUCAUCAACUCCAUGGGCCCCAAGACCUCUCCGCGCAUGCGCCAGCUCAUGAGCGGAUUAAUCCGACACGUGCAUGACUUUGUACGCGAGAAUGAGCUGACUGUGGACGAGUGGAUGGCCGGUGUGAAGUUGAUCAACUGGGCCGGACAGAUGAGCGACGAUAAGCGCAAUGAGGGGCAACUAGUUUGCGACGUGAUCGGACUUGAAUCGCUCGUUGAUGAGAUUACUUUUACUCUGGCGGAUGAAGCCAAGGACGCACCUACCGCGACUGCUAUUCUUGGCCCGUUCUUCCGUGCGGAUACCCCGUACCGCGCGAACGGCGACAAUAUCGCUGUCACUAUGCCCCACGACGGCGAGACAGCAUUCAUGCACGGCCGCAUUUUGGAUUUCGCUACCCACAAGCCGCUUGCUGGUGCCGAUGUCGAGGUCUGGCAGGCGUCCACAAACGGAUUGUAUGAGCAACAAGAUCCUGAACAGGUUGAGUUCAACCUGCGUGGCAAGUUCAAGACUGAUGCCGAUGGGCGCUAUUUCUUCUACUGCUUGAGGCCCACACCUUACCCUGUCCCGGGUGAUGGCCCCGCUGGAAAGCUCUUGGAGCUUAUGGAUCGCCACCCCUUCCGCCCUGCUCACAUUCACAUCAUGGCUACCUACCAGGGCUACCGUCCUCUUGUUACACAGAUCUUUGAUAGCAAGGGCAAGUAUCUGGACAACGACUCAGUCUUUGCUGUCAAGGACUCCUUGGUUGUAGACUUUGUUCCUCGGGACGGCGAUUCUCGUGCUGCAACUGAACUCCAGUACGACGUUAAGCUUGCGCCUGAUGUCUAA